AUGACAGUAAUUAACGGAAACACUCCAGACCACUUGGAGAUUAUUGGAAGUGAAGUAAUUCAGCGUUUAUUAGCCGACAAAUGGAAGGCUUUUGCUGAACGUAAAUUAUUCCAGCGGUUAGCUUUAUUGGUAUUCCAUCUUAUUUGUAUUUGCUUUGUUGUGUAUUUACGCCCUGUAGAAACUGACAGAUUGUAUUUAAUAAGGCCUAUAUGGCCAGAUUGGGUAGUUUUUAAUUAA